CCGCUGUCAUGUGACGUAGGUGGAUUUGUGUUGUUUCAGGCGGAAGUGGCUAAAGCGAGCACGGCUCAUGUCUGCAGUGAAGUCAGACAGGUCUGAACCUUCUAACUGUUUGUAACUUUACGGAACUUGAGGAGAUGCUGCUGCUGCUGCUGCUGGCUGGAGCUUGUUGCUGCUUCGUGGAGUCCAACAGCAGAAACGUUCUUCUGAUCAUCGCUGAUGAUGCAGGGUUUGAAACCGACGUUUAUAACAACUCCGUGGUGCACACGCCCCACCUGAGCUCUCUGGCUCGGCGCAGCGUCGUGUUCAGCAACGCCUUUGCGUCUGUCAGCAGCUGCUCCCCGAGCCGCUCGGCCAUCCUCAGCGGCCUGCCGCAGCAUCAGAACGGCAUGUACGGCCUUCAUCAGGGGGUUCAUAACUUCAACUCCUUUGAGGGGAUCCAAAGUCUGCCGCUGCUUCUCAGCAAGGCGAAUAUCCGCACAGGUAUAAUCGGGAAGAAGCAUGUUGGUCCUGGAUCUGUUUACCCCUUUGAUUUUGCGUACACCGAGGAAAAUAAUUCGGUUCUGCAGGUAGGGAGGAACAUCACCAGAAUCAAACUCCUGGUUCGCAGGUUUUUCCAGACUCACAAAGAGGAAGCUUGUAAACGAAGGCAAGAGAAAGAAGAAAGAAACGGCAUUAAUGACAACGUGGGAGAGGAGGAAAGGCCGUUUUUCCUCUACGUGGCCUUUCAUGACACCCACCGCUGUGGCCACUCACAGCCUCAGUACGGGGCGUUUUGUGAGAAGUUUGGGAAUGGAGAAGCUGGAAUGGGUAGAAUUCCUGACUGGAAACCAGUUUAUUACAGAGCAGAUCAGGUGAAGGUUCCUGCUUUUGUUCCCGACACUCCGGCAGCGCGAGCAGACCUGGCUGCACAGUACACCGCGGUCAGCCGACUGGAUCAGGGCAUUGGACUGGUCCUCCAGGAGCUCAGCGACGCCGGUUAUGAGAACAACACCCUGGUCAUCUACAGCUCGGAUAAUGGUAUUCCCUUUCCGAACGGCAGAACCAACUUGUAUCGCUCUGGGAUAGCAGAACCCAUGCUGGUUUCAUCUCCAGAACGCAGGGAGAGGUGGGGAGACACCAGUCAGGCCUACGUCAGCCUGCUUGACAUCACUCCGACUAUUCUGGACUGGUUUUCUAUUCCCUACCCAUCUUACAGCCUCCCCGUGACUCGGGCCACGCAGGUCCACCUCACUGGUCGCUCUUUACUCCCAGCGUUGGUCACUGAGCCCAGUGGCUGGCACACGGUCUUCUCCAGCCAGUCCCUACAUGAGGUGACCAUGUACUACCCAACUCGCUCUGUCCACCAGGGGGCAUACCACCUCCUCCACAACCUGCACUACAAGAUGCCUUUCCCCAUUGACCAGGACCUGUACGUGUCACCCACCUUCCAGGACCUGCUGAACCGCACCAGGCUGCAGCAGCCGACACACUGGUUCAAAACCCUGCGUCAGUAUUACUACAGGGAGCGCUGGGAGCUGUUUGACACCAGGUCCGACCCACUGGAAACGGAGAACCUGGUGUCGGAGCCGUCCUACAGCAGCGUGCUGCAGGACCUGAAACAGCUUCUGCAGAAGUGGCAGUGGGACACAGGAGACCCUUGGGUCUGUGGACCAGACUAUGUCCUGGAGGACAAACUGGAGCCACGCUGCAGACCCCUUUACAACGGACUGUAACGGACCCAUAAAUCACGAGUGUUUGCUUUAAAAACACAAAAUGUCACAUUUAUAUCUAUUUUUGUGAUUUUCUUCUGCUUUUAAUGUUCAGUUCCUUCUGUAAGCUACUGCAUUUACGCUCCUCCACAUUUAUAGUGGAUUUAAAUCAGCACAGUGGAGACCCAGCAGUCAACUGUUUCUAUUGAAGACUGGUUUCUAAUUACACACAGGCAGGAGUUCAUGGUGCGUGCACUCUGAGGACCAGAAGAUUUACAUCCAUGCUGGUUUUCUUUACGCUCUGAGCUGAUAUGAGACAGAUUUCUGACCAGAUCAUUGAUGAGCCUGUUUCACUCAUCCAGACUAAAGCCCUCUGAAGCUUCCUGUUCUGAUUUGUUAGCUAAUUAACACUUCCUGGUAAAUGGAGCCAAUGUGAGCUUGUGGGUGUUUUCCAGACUCUGGUGAAAAAAGAACGAUCCAGA